AUGGCCAUUGCCGCAGCAGCAACAGCGACAGUGACAAUGGCGCUGGCGAGGCCAACGUCUAAUGUGUUGCUGACAAGACACAGGGCUAGGUGGGUCUUCACUCCAUUUGCUGUUUCUUCUUCCUUUACUUCGUCUUCUUCUUCUUCAAAGCCUUCAAGAGCUCUCAUUCUCUACUCCAAGCCCGGGUGCUGUUUGUGCGAUGGCCUCAAAGAAAAACUUCAGGCUGCCUUCUUACUCGCUGGCCCUGAUUCUCUUCACGACGUUGAUUUACAGAUAAGGGAUAUUACGAGCAAUUCAGAGUGGGAAAUAGCUUACCAGUAUGAGAUACCAGUGCUGGCUAGAGUGCUUUCUGAUGGCACUGAGAAUACCGCUAAUUUCACAUGUUGA